AUGUGCUUACCUACACAAAGAGAUCCCAUGGGAUGGCAAAUGGAGCGAGUGUCAAAUUUACUGGGCGACGAUGGAAAAAUCAUUCAUUCAAAAAACGAAGGGAAAAUUGAAAGGAAUACAGUUUAUAACUGUUCUUUCUCAAGUUACGUUUGUGGACCAAGGGAGAAGCCAAUCAAACAAAAUGAUCACCUGGUCAUGGCUGGCAACAUAGACUGCUUAACAGUUAACAGGAUGAGCUAUCCGAUACAUUAUUCGCCAAGAGUGGACAAAAUCGUGCCCAGAGACCAUUGUUUGGGAGGCAAAGGGCCUAUGAAAAAAGAGACCACGAUGGUUCACGAUUUUUACAUCCCAUGCGAUAUUAACCGCCAGAAGAAAAUAUUACCACGCAAUAACCUCCGUGGGUAUGACGAUUGUCCAAUGAAUUCGUUGACAACAAAUAACUGUUCGUACCAGCCGGUGUGCACCGUUCCGGUGAUAAGUUACAAGCCAAAAGACUGUUAUUCUGUUCCGAAAGAACGAAUGAACACGACCACGGUGCAAAAAUUAAGUUACAAAUACAAUUGCCCACCAGAAAAAAUGAAAACGCCAUGGGCAACGAAAAUGGAAUAUUGUAAACCUAAAAAUCGAGUAGAAAAUUGUACAGUAUAUAAUCAAAGUUUUCAAGAACCCGGGCAUUAUGUAUCAAUUGAUGAAUCGGUGACAUGCGUACCGAGAACAUGUUGUCCCGUCGGAUGUUUGGCGGCCAAUGCUGAAAAUAAAUUCAAAACGAAUAGCAUAAAAGCGCAUCACUAUUAA